CUGACGCGCAUUUACGCACGGCUCUUCCUCCUCCUCCUCUUCCUCCCCCUGCCCUCCCCCUCCCCCGCCGCGCCCGCGAGCUCUCUGAAGGCUCAGCCCGCGGUUCUGCCGUCAGAGCUGCGCGUGCCCGCCUCCCUGCGCGUGCCGUUGCGACAUCAGCGGGGUGUCAGCCCUUCCCAAGCCUCGCGCCGCGCGCAUUCAUCAGGGAGGCUGCGCGCGGGAGCAGAGGUAAACGGGCCGGGUCGGAGCACCAGAACAGACUUCCACAGAAGGUCAGAAUGAGCGGCGACACGGCAACCCUGCACCUGGACGGCAUCCCUCCGCACAUGCUCAGUGAGGUGGAGAAGCAUCUGGAACCGUUCCGCCUCUCUCUGGAGAAGCUUCAGGAUGUUUCAGCCCGGCUGAGGAAGGACAUGCUCCGAGGUCUGGGGAAGCACGCGCACCACCGGGCAGCGGUCAAAAUGCUGCCCACAUUCGUCCGGGCCACGCCCGACGGUACAGAGAAGGGAGACUUCCUGGCUUUGGAUCUGGGUGGAACGAACUUCCGCGUUCUUCACGUCCGAGUGCUGGAGGAGGAGCAGAGAGUCCUAAAGAUGGACAGUCAGAUUUGUGCGAUUCCGCAGGAAAUCAUGCUGGGAACUGGAGAGAAGCUGUUCGACCACAUCGCCGCCUGUCUGGCCGAGUUCCUGGACUCCCAGAAGCUGCGGGGACAGACGCUCCCGCUCGGCUUCACCUUCUCCUUCCCCUGCGAGCAGAAGGAAAUCGAUAAGAGCAUCCUGAUCCGCUGGACUAAAGGCUUCAACUGCUCCGGGGUGGAGGGCGAGGACGUGGUCAGGUUACUGAAGGAGGCCAUCCACAGGAGAGGGGACUACGACAUCGGCUCGGUUGCCAUGGUGAACGACACCGUUGGGACCAUGAUGAGCUGCGGUUACCGGGACCAGAGCUGUGAGAUCGGCAUGAUCAUCGGGACAGGAACCAACGCCUGCUACAUGGAGGAGAUGAAGAACGUGAAGCGGGUGGAGGGCGAGGACGGCCGCAUGUGCAUCAACACGGAGUGGGGGGGCUUCGGGGACGACGGCAGCCUCAAAGACAUCCUGACGGAGUUUGACGAGGAGGUGGACAAGACGUCCAUCAACCCCGGCGUCCACACGUUCGAGAAGAUGAUCAGCGGCAUGUAUUUGGGGGAAAUCGUUCGCCUGGUUCUGCUGAAGCUGACCGAGGAGAAGCUGCUGUUCAAAGGUUGCCCUUCGGAGGCGCUGUUGACCCCUGGAAGCUUUGAGACCAAGUUCAUCUCUGAGAUCGAGGAACCCGAUAGCGGCCUGGAAAACGCCAAGAAGAUUCUGACCAAGCUGGCUCUGGACUGGGAUCUGGUGGACGCCUGUGUCGCUCGUCUGGUCUGUGACACCGUUUCGUCGCGCUCGGCUCGGCUCUGCGCCGCUGCUUUAGCGACCAUCGCCAACCGCAUCCGCACCAACCGGGGGCUGGACCACCUGAAGACCACCGUGGGGGUGGACGGGACCGUCUACAGGAAGCAUCCGAACUUCAGCGACGAGCUCCAGGCGGCCGUGCGCCUCCUCGCCCCCAAAUGUGACGUGAGCUUCCUGAUCUCUGAGGACGGCAGUGGAAAGGGGGCCGCCAUGGUGACGGCUGUGGCGCAGCGGUUGGCCCUUCAGUCCCGCCUGCUGGAGGACAGCGACGGUGAAGAUGAGGAGGAGGAAGAGGAGGAGGAGAAAGCGAAUAUUUGAUCUGCAAACUCUAAGAUUGUUGUUCUUUUCUGAACUUCAGUGGUCAUAGAUUGUAAAAAGUGUUCAUUUCACUUCAUUUCACUGCUACAAUAAACAUGCGGGUGUGUCACCUUUUGAAAGUG